AACCACUAGCAGCCCUCCAGCUACAGCUACAGCCCCCAGCAUCCGUGAACUCCUAUAGCUGGAAGCUGUAGUAUAACAACAGCCGGAGAACAUCAACUGUCCCCUUUGUGACUUGGUUGGCAUCAGGCUGAAGAGGAGGAAUGUCUGGAAGCCUUCACUGUGGUCGCAUCUAGUUGGUGCCGACAGUCUCAAUUCUCAAACAGCCGGAGGGCUGGAAGUUGCCCUUUCCCUGUGUAAGUGGAUCAGGAUCCAGUGAGCUGAAUUGGGUUGAAAUCAACAGAGAUACGCAUGAAGGAAAGGGAAAGUUCAAUGGGAAAGGCGUCCAGGAAGGCACAGGAGCACUACUCCCAGCAGAGUAAGUAACUCCCCGCAGAGUAAGGGGCACUUAGACAGGGGAGGGGCAUUGGGAGUGACAUCCUGGGGAACAAACAGGAUUCUCUGCUUCACAAGAUGCCCAUUGAUUCACUUCUGACACAGGGACACAGUGAACGAGAGGCUGCGUGGGGGAUUUGAACCCUAUAACAUUGCGGAAUUUACCCGGGAGAGAUUAUAUUAUUACUAUCAUUGAUCCUGCCUGACUCAGUAUGGCUUUUAUUGAGGGCAUUUGCACCGGGACACAACUUCUAUUGUCCAGGAAAGAUAAUUGAUAAUAAAGAAGUUAUUUUCGGAGGUGGGAGAAGUCGAUGAGAAUAAGAGACUGCAGAGAGAGAGAGUUUCCAUUCGAGAAUCGGGGAGAGAGUCGGAACCACAGGGAGCCCAAAUGGGACCCGAGGAGUCUCUGAAGAACUAGAGCGUUUCCUUGCUCUUCUACUUGCCCUUUAAAGCUUUUUUACCUAUGUUUAUUUUUGUUUUUUUCUUAUACCAGGAAUUUUAGAGUUACUGUGAAACAAAAAAAAAGCAAUUUGACACUUUUUUGCUGUUUUUACACAUUUUCGAAGUGAAAGUCUCAGGCCUUACGCACGCCGAGUCCUUAUUUCCAUAUUAACCCCACGACUGGCGCUUUAAUGCGUCACCAAUGGAUCCGACGGAAAUGACUUCACCCUUCUGAAAUGGUUUUGAUGUGGGAAAAAACCCAUAUUUGCCUUUUCCCCCUUUUUUCAUGUCUGACUUGCCCCGCCCCCGAGGAGCCAGUUGUUUUGCAAUGAUUGAUUUUGGUUUAUUUCCCUUAUAAUUAAUUCUUUCCGGAUCGUAUGAUGCUAAAAAGAGAAACUGUCCCCAAGGAGCUUACAAUCUAGAGGUGUGUAAAGGCUAAACGUUGGAUUAACUGUCGCCCCAAUGAGAGGCACCAGACCCAAUUCCUUUGCCGUAGCCAUGGAAACCCUCAAGCAGUUGCCGUCCCUAAAGCCCCCGGAAUCGUGGUCCUGUUCAUCCACCCCGAGUGCCAGGCGGAGGCGCCUCAAGUCAAAGAAGGGUCAGAGGACCCCCGAGUCUGGAGGAAGAAGCGACGCAGAGGGGUCGGCCGUAAGAGGGAGGAGCCUGAAACCCCCAGCUAUAGAAGUGACCCCGUCCAGUGAGGAUGAGGCCUGGUCCAACUGCUCCACACCCAGUGCUUCGCCACAGAGGCGCCGCGGCCUGUUUAGGAAGUGGCUAAAGAGGCGAGAGGCAAAAAGCUGCACUGGCAGCAUCACUCCCCGCAGCACUCCCAGUAACUCCCCUGCUGUGCGGAGGCGUCUGGUGAGCAGCGAAGUUGACAAUAUGGUGGAAAGGGGAUCCGAAGGCUCCGCAGAGCAGUCCCCCAACACUUUAACCCCCACGCUACCCCAGUCUGCCGCUGUGCCAGGGACCCAGGGCAAUGCCCAGCAACCCACGCAGUCCAACUCCCAGCCUGGAACCCCACUCACGGCGCAGCUCAGCGGGCGAGGAUUCAUACGGAACAGCAAGAAGAUGCAGAGCUGGUACAGUAUGCUGAGCCCCACGUACAAGCAGCGCAACGAAGACUUUCGCAAGAUUUUCAAGAAGCUUCCGGAUUCCGAGCGCCUCAUUGUUGACUACUCCUGUGCGCUGCAGAAGGAUAUCUUACUCCAGGGAAGGCUCUAUUUGUCGGAGAACUGGAUCUGUUUUUAUAGCAACAUUUUCCGCUGGGAAACCACGAUCAUGAUCCAGCUGAAGGACAUACAAUGCAUCAAGAAGGAGAAGACAGCCAAGCUGAUUCCCAACGCCAUCCAAGUAUGCACUGAAACCGAGAAGCACUUUUUUACCUCCUUCGGCGCCCGAGAUCGGUCGUUUCUGCUGAUUUUCCGUCUCUGGCAGAAUGCUCUUCUAGAUAAGACCCUGUCCCCGCGGGAGCUGUGGCACAUUGUACACCAGUGUUACGGGACUGAGCUGGGACUGACCAGUGAGGAUGAAGAUUAUGUGUCGCCUCGAGACCUGCUGAACGGCUUGGGGGGGAGUGAGGAUUUCCCUGAGAGCACCGACCUGAGUGACACUUCAUCCCGCGGUGACACCAAACUCAGUGCCAGCCCCCAACUGCCUGCGACCGACUCCUUCACCUCCCUCGCCAGCGCCGACAGCAUGAUCCCUCCAGCGGAGGAUGCGGCCGCCCAAUCAGAUGCCCAGUCAGACUCCCAGUUGGAAGGCUCGUCCAGUCAGACGGUGACUCCUCUGUCGGAGAUGGCUGGCUCCGCCCUCCUGGACUCCCUUCCUGCCCUGGAUUUAUUGCCCAGUGAAGAACUGCCCACUGACCCCAGCAACAACUCCACCCCCAGCUCCACGCAGGACGAGGAAGCCAGUACAGCGCCUAAAGACACCCCCUCGUCGGACCUGACCGGCAGGCUACAUAUCAAUGCCGUGUAUCACAUCAGCGCAGAGCACCUACAGCACGCACUGACCACCGACACCCAAUUCAUGAACGAUUUCAUGGAGCAGCGGAAAUUCACAGAUAUCACAGUGAAUCCCUGGAUGCGGGACGGCAACGGGAAACAGUCUCGGAUACUGAAUUACACAAUCCCCAUCAAUAACCCUCUGGGGCCCAAAUCUGCCCCGGCUAUAGAAACCCAGAUUCUGCACAGUGUGAAGGGGUCAGUCUGUGUUCUCGACACCCAGGUUAUAACUCAGGGCAUCCCCUACCAGGAUUAUUUCUACACCUCUCACCGGUACUGCAUCAGCAGCGUGGGCAAGAACAAGGCACGCCUCAGGGUUUCCUCUGAGAUCUGCUACAGGAAGCAGCCAUGGAGCCUGGUACGAGCCAUCAUAGAGAAGAACUCCUGGAAUGGCAUGGAGGAGCACUUCAGCCUGCUGGCCGAUGCGGUGGCAAAGCUGGACCAGUCCUGCGCGGAGGAGAUGGGGGGCAGAGAAAAGCCUGCGCUACGGCGGAGGAAGCGCACUUUAAGCUGGAAGUCCCAUCACAACGAUACCAAUAACACCGCCUCCCCCCAGAUUGAAAGCGAAAGAGUUUCCCGUAACUCCAGAGUUUCAGGCAGCAUCUCCUCUCAGCUCUCCCAGCUCUCCAACCGAGACACGUCCAGCAACAUCCCCAACGCGCUGUUUGUUAUCAGUAUUGUGCUGCUGGUCCUGGUGGUCCUGAACAUGAUGCUCUUCUACCGCCUCUGGUCGCUGGAGCACACGGCUCGGACAUUCCAGACGUGGCAAAACUACGCCGUGUCCCAAGGGAGGUUCCCCCAGAGUUCCGCCGACUGGGCCGAGAUCCUCGAGCUACAGAAGCGCUUCCACAACGCCGAGGUGCAGAAAUGGAAGCAGACGCUCCGAGCCUCUGUGCAGCUGCUGGAUGAGAUGAGGAUGUCUCUGCAGAGACUGCAGCAGGGAGUCCUGAUGGCCGAUUCCGACACAGAACCUCACGAGGAAGACGCCCUGUCGUGAAAUACAACUCCCCGAAUCCUAUCGUUAGAGACAUUACAUAAAGGAGCGUAGGAGACACCCGGCAGAGACAAGGCCCUCUCGGAAGAGAGUAUCUUGUAUGGAUCAGCAAACUAGGGACUAACAAACUGCAGGGAUUAGAGUGCUGGCAACUGACACCCUGCAGCGAUUAGAGUGCUGGGAACUGACACCCUGCAGGGAUUAGAGUGCUGGCAACUGACGCCCUGCAGCGAUUAGAGCGCUGGGAACUGACACCCUGCAGCGAUUAGAGCGCUGGGAACUGACACCCUGCAGCGAUUAGAGUGCUGGCAACUGUCACACUGCAGGGAGGAGUCACCUAUAUACUUACUCAUUGGUAUUAGAGUGCUGGUUACUGGAUAGACAGCUGCAGCCUAUCUGAGCCAUCUUGUAUUGAGAGUGGAGGAGGGGGAACGCCCCAGUUUGCCUCCCUCCUGCUGUUGGGCAGCCUCCUGCAUGCAGCGUCUUGCCGCUCGCGAUACCCGGGGGCCCCGUAGCAUGGCGUCACAGAUCCCCCUCAGGCUUGGGGGUGCAGGUAUAUUUAUUUCUAUAUAGUGGGUAUCGGUCAUGGCAGUUACGCCAUAAUCAGUUAUGGGGGUGUGGCCUCACCUUUGAUUCAGCCAAUGGGAUCAGCCAUAUUAUGGGCACUGGUUUUACGAGUGGGGGAGUGUAAUGCUGGGAUAUAGCUAUAGGCUCGUUUGUACUGUACAGUCAUAUUGUUAUAGUCUCUCCUCCGGCUCUGGGGGCAUGGAUAUUUGCAGCCUUUACUGGGGGGGCAGCAUUUCUUCUCCCCUCCGGCACUGUACGGGCCAAUGUGGGUUUCUGAUUGGCCGACCCUAUGCGCAUACUUAAUGUAACAAAGGAGGAAAGAGCGAAUGGAGAGACUUAUGGAUUGUACCUGGCAAAUGUGCUUAUAAUAGGAUUGUGGUGCCCCUCCCCCAAGCCCUUAGUGUGCCCCACCCUCUGUGCCCAUUGGCUAGCAUACUGAUUGCGAGCUUAUGUGCGACAUUCAUUACUUGGUGCCCUCGGCAUUGGGCGCAACCAUUCACUCCGGGGGUAGGACAGAAUGUUGGGAUAAUAAAGAGCAUUAUGGGUAAUGAGCCCAUUUGUUUAGGGGGCUUCUGUAAGAAACUCAUGCCUGCUGCUUGGAUAGUGGAGAUUGUAUCCAGUAUUCUGAUUGGCUACAGCCCUUGGGCGCCAUUUUGUGUCGAGCAUUUCAGACUGAAAGAGAUGAAUUUAAUAUAGAAUUUUAGCUAUUUAUUUAUUUAGUUUAUUCCGACUGUAACGUGCGGUGGGCGGGGCUUAUGGCCUUCCCGCCCCUUUCUGUGGCCAUAACUUGUGCCCUUGCCAGGUUCCUUAAGGAUUUUUAAUUUAUUUGCCCCCCUGCCCAGCAGUCGCAUCACUGCUAUAGAAAGUUCCGGAAGGGGGGGGGGGGGUUGUUGGCAUAGCAGCCGGGGAUCAUUUCACUGCCAGUAUCUCCGUGUUGGUAUUUAUUGGGUCAAGACUUACAUUGGGGGGGGGUGUAGUCUUGCCAUCUGCUUAUUAAUGGGCUGGACCCAUAAACACGGGGUGGGGGGGGGCAAUAGGCAUUCAUACCUCAGUAGCCAUCGGCCGGCCAACCCACCCAGACUGACGAAGGGCAUCGGGCAAAGGGAAAGUCUGUGAAUUAUUGGGGGCCCCCCCCCCCCAUUUGAAUGUAAUGCCCCCCCCCCCGCAUUCCAAGGUCUGAACGCUCCCAUUGGGCCCCACACUGUAUAUUCAGUACAGUACCCUGUACAUAUCCUUGGUUCUGUUUAACAUUUCAUAAUGGGCGGGGCCUACUCAGCGGGAUACGCCCAUUCCUGCCUCGACGCGGGGCCAAUUCAGGAGAUUCCGCGAUUGAGGGCCCUGUGGGGGCUGAACAAAUUGUUCUAAAUGGGCCCCAUCAUGUGACUGUAUUUGCAUUGGGCACAGGCCCAAGGGGGGACGUCUUACCCUUUAAAGCCUCAAUAAUAUGGCACCGCCCCUUUAAAAGCAGACACAUAUCAAGUCCCGUUCCUGUAUAGCGGCAUUGUGCGUAUCCUGCAGCCUGCACCGGUUUCUCUGCAGCCAUGAUAUGUAUGUUUGCAGAUUUCCCCUUUAAUAGUGGGGAGCAGCGGUGCCGGGGGUACUAACCAGUGCUGUUGGGCCCCCGCGGGGGGGGGGAAGACGCCACCGAUGUAAAUGUUCCUCCAUUUCCCGCACACACUGUAUUUCAGUUAUUUUGCACAAAUCCAUGUACUGUCACUUUAAUGGUGUUACUUUGUCUGAUGCCUCGGCACCGGGGGGGCGCUGGGGGGGGGAAGGAGAAUGGAUUUAUUCUGGGUCUGCUCAUGGGGUGGGGGAUAAAUCACUGGGGGACCCUCUGGUUCUCAAGUAUUAAGAGCCCCCCCUAGUAAUAGUGAUUGUCUAUGGCAGCCCCACUGGCCUGGUGAGGUUUACUUGCCCUUUAAACUCUUUAUGGAAACCUUUCAGCCGGGGCCCCAGAGACAGGGAUUGGGCAGCUAGUCUGGCCCCUGGGGAUGGGCAGACCCACUUGCCCCCACUGUACCCCAAGGGGUAUAUACUGUGUGAAUUCAUUCUCCAGCCCCCCCCCCCAAGUCCUACAGCAGCCGCGAGGCACUGGCGGGGGGAGGGGGGGGGAUCUUUAUGGAAUAAAAUAACCCACUGCUCAAAAGCUAUUGGCUCAACUACAGUUCCCAGCAUCCUCUGUUGCUAAGCUACCCAGAAUCCUCUGUUGGGAGCUGUCGUUGAGCAGUAGGCGGAGAGUGGGGAGGGGUAACUAUUUCCGGGGCAGACAGACUUGAAGAGAUUGUUUGUGUAAAUGUGUGUCCACCGCUAAUAUUUAUUAAAAUGACUGAAGAGA